AUGGAGUUACUAUAUCCCAUAUUUCAUCCCUUCCUCUUUCUUUACCGAGUGUGGCAAUACUUUCUCGCCAAACUCCUUUCUCCUUCACCACCGGUUGACGGUCAAAAACUUGGAAGACCCAAGAUUGCAAUUAUUGGUGCUGGAUUGACGGGUGUUUCUGCUGCUUCUCACUGUGUUGGUCAUGGAUUUGAUGUGCAGAUUUUUGAGGCUGGCCCCAGAAGUCAAUUGGGUGGUAUAUGGAGUAGAGUUAACAGCACAUCUGGUCUACAAAUCCAUUCGUUAAUGUAUCGAUUCCAUCCCUCCGUUCAAUGGAAAGGUGGUUAUCCAAAUCAACAACAAAUUGUAUCUCAAAUUACCGAACUCUGGAAACGCUAUGGUCUAGAGGAGAAAACAAAGUUUGAUACUAAAGUCGAGAAAGUAUAUCAAGACGACAAAGGAAGAUGGAUAAUCAACAAUACAUCAGAAGGACGAUUCGAAGGUAUUAUUGCAGCUGUUGGUACUUGCGGAGAGGCAAAAAUUCCACAUAUUCCUGGGAUGGAUAAAUUCAAGGGAGAGAUAUAUCAUUCAAGCGAUCUAACGGGCAAAGAUGCAAAAGGAAAGAAAAUCAUCGUCAUUGGAGGUGGUGCAAGUGCAGUCGAGGCACUAGAAUUUGCAACGCACGAAGAAGCGGCUGAGACGACAAUUCUGGCCAGGAGUGAUAAAUGGAUCAUCCCUCGGAAUGCUGUCGUAGACAUGCUACUCGCGUUGAAUAUUUUUGGACAAGAAACUUUCUUGAGCUGGAUACCAGAGAUGCUGCUUAAGAAGUUCUUUUACAGAGAUCUGGAAGAUCUUGCUCCAGCCGAUAAAGGCAUUUUUACAGGUACCCCUAUGGUCAAUUCGGACGUGAUGGAUAAAAUCCGCGAAGGAAAAGCAGAAUGGCUACGGGGAGAUAUCAAGGGAUUCACUGAAGAUGGAAUCAAUUUCAAUCUCCGAGCAAAAGGUGUUCCUCCCGGUGGCCCUGGAAAAACAAAGCUCGUAAAGGGCGAUAUUGUUGUAAUGGCAACUGGAUUCGAGCGACCAUCUCUUGAUUUCCUCCCGCCCGACACAUUCCAGGAUCCUUACACACCACCAAACUGGUAUCUUCAAACCUUCCCUCCCUCACAUCCUUCCGUCUGUUGCAACAAUUGCACUUACGUCAAUGCCAUCGGGGCAGUAGGCAACUGGCACAUUGGAAUUUACACACGUAUCCUUCUUAUGUUUCUAUCGGAUCCCCUUACAAGACCAAGACCCUUCUGGAUGGAACGCUGGAUCGAUAUGACAAGAAUUUUGAAGAAGUUCAGCCCAACAGGUGCCUUUGAUUUCUUUACGUAUCUAGAAUUAGUAUGGUGGUUCACUUUUUGCAUUGCGAUCAAUCCAUUCAGAUGGAAGUGGGCCAUUUUUGUAUUUACUGGGCUUGGAAGGGGGUUACCGAGAAGAGUUGUGGAGGCGGAGGAUAAGUUGAGAGGAUCAUUGGGGUGGAGUAAUGGACAUAGUGAUGAGAAUUAUGACAAGGGAAGCAGUUUUUGA